ACCAAGCCCAUUCAUCAUAUCGCUUGCCCAGUUCCUUCGGACUCCGGCGAGAAGCUGAUCAUCAAAACCUCAAGAAUUUUUAGGAUUUCGAUCUUGAUUUUUCUUUAUUAUUCAAAAUCUAUCUCCGGAGAUCUUCGGACAAUCUGAGAAAAUGGAAGGACUCGUGUCCUUGCAGAGAAACGUCCCGAGACUCCCGGUUCAAGCCUUCCCCUCACGCAACCGCAGCUUCUCGAUUCAUCGGAGAUUUUCUCCGGUGAACUCCGGGAGACUCAACGGUCGCUCAUUCUCUCCUCUUCGUGCUCAACAGUCUGAAAUCGAUGGAUCUACUCUGGGCAAAGAAAAUCAUCUCAAAGUCAAGGAACUGGAGGGAGGAGUGAUGUUUCAGGAUGAGGUAGUAGCUAGUCAGGGUAUAAGAAUAAGGAGAAGGCCACCUUCAGGGCCUCCGCAGCAUUACGUUGGACCCUUUGAGUUCCGCCUCCAGAACGAGGGAAAUGUUCCUCGCAACAUCUUGGAAGAGAUCAUAUGGCACAAGGACAAGGAAGUUGCUGUGAUGAAAGAGCGAAGGCCUCUCGGUUUUCUGAAGAAGGCUCUCGACAAUGCUCCUCCUACUAGAGACUUUGUUGGUGCUCUUAGAGCUGCCCAUCAGAGAACCGGGCUACCAGGUUUAAUAGCCGAGGUGAAGAAAGCUUCUCCAAGCCGAGGAAUCCUUAGAGAGGAUUUUGACCCAGUGGCAAUUGCACAAGCUUAUGAGAAGGGUGGAGCAGCAUGUCUUAGCGUUUUGACUGAUGAGAAAUUCUUUAAGGGAAGCUUCGAGAACUUGGAAUCUAUAAGGAAUGCUGGUGUUAAGUGCCCCUUGCUCUGCAAAGAAUUCAUCGUAGAAGCAUGGCAGAUAUACUAUGCUAGAACCAAGGGCGCUGAUGCAGUUCUCUUGAUUGCUGCUGUUUUGCCUGACCUCGACAUCAAAUACAUGACUAAAAUCUGCAAGAUGCUUGGGUUGGCUACACUUGUUGAGGUGCACAACGAAAGAGAGAUGGACCGUGUUCUUGCAAUAGAAGGUAUCGAGCUUGUUGGCAUCAACAACCGUAAUCUUGAAACGUUUGAGGUUGACGUCAGCAACACAAAGAAGCUCCUCGAAGGAGAGCGUGGAGAGCUAAUUCGCCAAAAAGACAUACUGGUGGUCGGAGAAUCUGGAUUAUUCACACCCGAGGACAUUGCUUAUGUACAAGAAGCUGGCGUCAAAGCUGUUCUUGUCGGAGAAUCAAUUGUGAAACAAAGGGAUCCCGCGAAGGGAAUCAGUGAACUUUUUGGCAGAGACAUCUCAGUCUAAGUUUCAUAUGGAAAGCCUCUUUGUAUAGAGAAAAAGACCUUCAUUGGAAAAGGAAGGAAGCCUCUUUUUGUCUUUUUUUUUUUUUUUGUUACAUUAGGGUAACAUUAUUGCAUCUAAAUUUCAUGUAAAUGUUGACCAAUAUUUUAUAAUAUCAAUUUGGCUGAAAACCCAAUUGGUUUAGAUGACCA